AUGGAGUGGAAUGUAAACAACGCAUUCAAAACCUACAAAGAAAUGGAGUCCAAAACCAUGAUGGAUAUGACGCUUGUUCCACACUCUGACCCCAUUGACAUUGGACUAGGCUCUUCUGAAAAGGCAAACACUGUUCCUCCUAAACGCAAGAAGACAAUGACAUCUGUGUAUCUCAAAUAUUUCGAGACUGCACCGGACAGCAAAACUCGCAAAUGCAAAUUCUGCGGACAAAGCUAUUCAAUAGCAACAGCCACUGGUAAUCUUGGAAGGCAUUUGAACAAUCGACAUCCAGGCUAUGAUAAGUCUGCAGAGGUCGUGACCACCUCAGUACCACAGGCAGCACCAGUUGUUGCUCUAAAACCGUCACAAUCCAACUCGAAACCACCGCAGCUCGAUUACGAUCAUCUUAACUGGUUAGUUCUCAAGUGGCUCGCUCUGUCAUCACUCCCUCCCUCUACUGUAGACGAAACAUGGUUAGGGAACUCCUUCAAAUUUCUCAACCCAGCCGUCCAGUUAUGGCCGGCUGAGAAAUACAAAGCCGUACUGCACGAGGUUUUCAGAAGCAUGCGUGGUGAUGUAAAGACAUCCUUGGAGCAUAUCCAAUCCAAAGUUUCAGUCACCUUAAGCUUCUGGAGUUCAUAUGAAAACAUUUUUUAUAUGAGCGUGACGGGCCAAUGGAUAGACGAGAACUGGUCUUCUCAUAGAUUGUUGCUAGACAUAUCUCGGAUUCCUUAUCCUUCUGGAGGUUCUGAGAUCUAUAGCUCUCUUUUAAAAGUCCUUAAGAUAUAUGGCAUUGAAGACAGGGUUCUGUGUUGUACACAUGACAAUAGUGAAAACGCUAUUCACGCUUGUCAUAGCCUGAAGGAGUACUUGGAUGGUCAAAAGGUUUUGCCUUUCUGCUACAUUCCCUGUGCUGCUCAGACUCUGAAUGAUAUUAUAGAUGAAGGGUUAGCUACUAUAAAGCCUAUAAUCUCAAAGAUUAGAGACUUCACACAGGAGCUAAACGCGUCCAUGGAACUAUCAGAUGAUUUCAUUCAGUUGACUACAGCUUAUCAAGAAGGCAACUGGAAACUUCCGAUUGAUGCUUCGUCUCGUUGGAGUGGGAAUUACCAGAUGGUCAACAUCUUGUGCAAGGCUGGCAAGUCCUUGGACGCGGUGAUUAGGAAAAACGAGGACGCUCUAGAGAACAGAAUGAUGUUGAGCUCUACGGAGAAGAACGCGGUGACCAUUGUCCGCAACUACUUGGAUUUGGAUUCGUUUCACAAGACGACUAACGACAUGUGCACGAACAAGGAUCUCACGGUCGGUCUAGCCCUGCUCUUCAUGGAUAACAUAUCCGAGAUGAUCACUACUUGCCAGAAAUCGUGCCACAACCCUGACUGGCUGAGAACUUGUGCUGAAAACAUGUCUCAGAAGGCUAGAAGUUACAACACCCAAGUGUGCAACGUGUUCACUUACAUUACAGCCGUUCUUGACCCGCGCAUCAAGACGGAGUACAUUCCGGAGACGAUCAAUCUCGAGAGCUAUAUAGAUGAAGCAAGAGCUCAUUUCAUUCGUAACUAUUCUUCUCCUCAUUUCACAUCUUCUCUGACCGGUGGGUAUCGUCCUCAGGACAUAGACGAAGGAGGAGUAGGAGGAGGAGGAGGAGGAGGAAAUAUCUCAUUUGCAGAGGAAAUCGCUAGAAGGAAGAGAAGGGGAAGUAUGAGUAGCAAUGUUGUUGAUGAGCUGACUCAAUACUUGUCAGAGUCUAUAGUUCCGAUGCAGACCGAUGUGUUGGAUUGGUGGAAGGCAAACAGCGGAAGAUACCCUCGGCUUUGCAACAUGGCUCGUGAUUUCCUUGCGGUGCAGGCAACCUCCGGUGCACCGGAAGAGAUAUUUUGCGGUAAAGGAGAAGAGAUUGAUAAGCAAAAGUAUUGCAUGCCACAUGAUAGCACGCAGUCUGUGCUUUGUAUAAGAUCAUGGAUUGAAGCUGGUAUGAAACUCAAGUUUAAGUCUACUGAGAUUGACUAUGAGCGGCUAAUGGAGCUAGCUGCCUCUGUGGCAGCGGAUAAUUCUGCUGGAGGCUUAGACAAAAAUCAACAUAAGUGA